AGGUACCGCAGUCAUCAACAGCAGCAUAACAGAACCUAAUCCUGUUCUUCUCCUCUCUUCUCGCAGCCUAUUACUUGAAGAGGGUCGCGCAUGUCGCUGUCCAUGGCCUAAAGAACAAGACAGCGAGCGAGCUGUAUAACCGGGCCUCUUGGCCGCCUUUUUUCUCUUUCCCUCCACCUCCGGAGACAUCGCCCAUGGUGCCGCUAUCGUCGUCGGGUCCUGCCCGAAUCCUGUCCUCUAUUCGCUUUCCUGCACGCAAGCCGGUCGUGGUCGUGUCUCAACUCUCCUUUCGUAGAUUCGUUCAUCCCAGCGAAUUCGGCGCGUUCGUUCCUCCCUCUCCCAGCUCUCUUGGCAAAGCGACUCCUGCGAAAACCUAUCCUCGAACUCGAAAAUGGUUGCGUCGGCUUUUCUACUUUUCGUUGACGGUCGGGGGAAUAUACGUGGUUGAUACACAGUUUUAUGCGUCUUCGCUCACUCGCACGUCUCGUACCUUUGGACUCGGCUUGGUUGUUGCGUUAGACUACAAAAUCAACUUUCGGCCUGAUCCUCCUUUUGCAUCGUCAAUUACUGCCCUUCACCAGAGAAACGCGGAGCGUUUGUCGGAGCUUUUGCGCCAUAAUGGUGGAUUGUAUCUCAAGAUAGGUCAGGCGAUGGCCAUGCAAGCCGCGAUUUUGCCGCCGGAGUUCCAAAAGAUGUUCUCGCGCAUGUUUGACGAUGCCCCGCAGAAUGAAUGGAAGGAUGUUGAAAAAGUGAUCAAAGAGGAUUUCGGCAAGUCGGUAGAAGAAGUGUUCGGGGUUUCCUUUAAUGGAGAUCCCACAAAGGGUGUCAUGGAGCGCAAGGCCGUAGCGAGCGCAAGUGUAGCGCAGGUGCAUUGGGCGCGGCUGGCUGAUGGAACAGAGGUGGCUAUCAAGAUUCAGAAGAGGGAGAUUGCCGCCCAGGUCGCGUGGGACUUAUGGGCUUUCAAGGCCGUUUCUUGGGUUUACAGCAAGUGGUUCGACAUUCCUUUCUAUAAUCUUGUACCUUUUGUGAGCGAACGAUUAUUUUUGGAAACAGAUUUCGAAAAUGAAGCCAGAAACGGUGAGAAGAUCGCAGAGUAUGUGUCACGGGAGCCUCGAUUACGGGACCGAGUAUAUAUUCCAAAAGUGUACCACGAUCUCAGUUCCAAACGUGUCAUGACCGCAGAAUGGAUCGAGGGCGUUCGCCUUUGGGACAAAGACUCCAUAACUAGGCCAUGGCAAGGCGGUAGGCGCGAGGGUAGCCCUGGUUCUCAUGGAACCCCCUUGGACCCCCCUAGUCAGAAGCAAUUAACUCGCGAGGAAUUCGCUAAACGAAGUGUUGCCUCGAUGAACAUUAAACCUAAAAGAACACAUUGGAAAGGCCGGAAAGAAACGGGGGGGCUAGGCUUGUCCUUGAAAGACGUAAUGACUACGAUGGUUGAUCUAUUUUCGGCACAGAUGUUCUUAUGGGGAUGGGUGCACUGCGAUCCUCACCCAGGCAACAUUUUCGUCAGACGGCAACCGAAUGGCAAGCCUGAGAUUGUUUUGAUUGACCAUGGUCUUUAUAUUGAGAUGGACCCGACAUUCCGAAGCCAAUACGCCACUUUCUGGAAAGCUCUGCUGACAUUUGACAACAAGACUCUCAAAGACGUGGUCAGUCAGUGGGGCGUCAGUAACUCUGAUAUCUUUGCAUCUGCAACAUUGUUGCGACCGUACGAAGGUGGCAACAUGACCACACUACGUGGCAUCGAGAAACUCACCAAAGAGGAGCGACAACAUCGCCAUUACGAAAUGCAACAGGCAUUCCAAAAAGCCUUCCGCGAAAUCCUAGGUGAUGAAACUAAAUGGCCUCGCGAACUGAUUUUCAUCGGCCGUAACCUGCGUAUAGUGCAGGGAAAUAAUCAAUUCCUAGGAUCGCCUGUCAAUCGCGUGAAAAUCACGGGGAUGUGGGCAUCUCGUGCUCUAGCUGAGUCGCCGGAUAUGCCUGUGUCAGAGAGAAUCAGUAGCUACGGACGACACGUCGUUUUCCGACUGGUUUUAUUCUCAUCAGAUAUAGUUUUCUAUAUUAGCAAGGUCCGGCAAUGGCUCGGAUGGGGCGGCGGUAUGGAAGACGAUAUUGAGAAACAAAUGCGAGUGAUGGCCAAGGACAUGGGCAUGGAAUUGAGCGAGGACCAAAAGUUGUUCGACAGUUGAUUAUAGAUAUCCCAUAUUCCUGUUCUCACGCCGUGAAAGGUCCUGUAUCUAUACCAUGUAAUAUUGUGUGAUAAACCCUACUCAUAAACAAACGAAUAGAAUAGACAACCUCAUUCCAUUUC